AUGCUGCUGGAUCUAGGAGAGCGCUUCCUAGAUUUAAUCUGCAGCGGAACAUAUGACCCUUCGCGGGAUGCAGAAGAGCAACUGCGGGAGCUGCAGCAGCAUCAGCCCCCCAAGCCUUACCAGAUGGAGGGGCUAAAUUGGCUGGUGCAACUCCACAAUAGGAAGCUGAACGGCCUCCUAGCCGAUGAAAUGGGCUUGGGCAAGACUUACCAGACUAUUGCACUUCUCGCCUUCCUCAAGGAAGCUCGCGGCUGCGAAGGACCACAUCUUAUUCUUGCUCCUAAAAGCACCAUUGGAAACUGGAUGGCAGAGCUGCGCCGCUUCUGUCCUUCUUUGGGGGCAGUGAAGGUGCUAGGGGAGAAGGAGAUGAGGAGACGGCUUCUCCAGCACAUUCUGGCCGUGUGCAGACUCUCCAAGCAGCAGCAGCAGCAGAAAAAAAAGCAGCCUUGGCGCUCAGCAGCGGCAGCGGCGCGUAGCCGGACUCAAAGCCCCCUGCUGGAGAGGGAGAGCAGCAGCAGCGUCAGCAAGCAGCCGCAGGAUGAAGAGGAAGCUGCGGACGAAGAGAGUCAGCAGCUGGAGUAUUUGGACGCAGAUCUGCAGCAGCAGCAGCAACAACAGCAACAACAGCGAACCGAGGAGGAGGAGCCGCUGCCAGAGAAAGUGGAAGUGGUGGUCGCUUCUUAUGAGAUGCUCAUUGCAGAGAAGCACCAAUUCAGCCGAGUACACUGGGAGUAUAUUAUAAUUGAUGAGGCACACAGAAUAAAAAACGAAGCAGGCAAGAUCCGUGGCUGUAGCUGUACUGAACGUGCAUGUUGCUGCUGCAUACACACAGGGUGUUGCUGCAGCGCUGCUUCUGCUGCCUCCUCAGGAAAGUUGGCCACUACGGUUCGUCAGUUUGAAUCGAACUACAGGCUCCUGCUCACAGGAACGCCUCUGCAGGUACUCGGCAGAGGGAACAGCUCUGAGUCAGGAGCAGCUGGAGGAGCGAAAUCUGAAGAUUGUAGCUCGUUUAGCAGCACCAGCAGCAGCAGCAGCAGCAGCAGCAGCAACUUCAGCAGCAGCAGCAGCAGCAGCAGCAGCAGUGCAAAGACUGGCGUCGACCUGCACACAUUCCCAGAGUUCCUAAGCUUCCGAAUAUGCAGGUAA